AGGCGAUUCGGGGGAGUAUGGUGAUUGCCGCACACGAACGACCACGAACCCGCUCUAUAUCAGGACGGCAAGGGAACCAUAGUGUGUGUUAGAAUACGGUGUCGCUUACUAUAAAUAACGUGGAUGCAAUGUGCAAUGCGGUAAGCCUAUUCGAUUGUGACUACCACCCCGUGAGGAUGGCAAAUUCAUCUACAGCGAAGACAAGAACAUGGGACGUCUAUAGAAAAUAACAUCUCGCGUCUUGAUGUGCAAAAGAAGACGCAUCUUUCGGUAGACACUGUAUCUAAGAUAUUCUAACAAUGUGAUGUUCAACGGGGGAGACACGCAUUGGAAAACACACACCUACCAAGAUAAACAGAAAGAUCCAACAACAUCCAAGAAAUGAGCUUCGCACACAGUAUCGGUGCACAGGAGGUCAAAUGCAAUACGGGAAGGCAAUCAUUCUAGAUCGACGCAGUGUUUGUCUCAAGAAGUACAUAUGCUCAUCAAAAUUGCCAGCUCAUCCUUCGUGUGCUGUUUCCACUCACUAUUUGGGAGUAGAUUAUUUGCAGGCAAUUCAAGCACAGAACAAACAACACUGUUACUCCGCGCUGGCUCCAAAGUAUACACUAAGGAUCUUGAGAUGCAUCAACGAGAUGAGACACGGAGCUAUAAACUUCUCCACAGAUGGCUGGCUGUGAUUCUUCACUCCACAUGGAAUUACUUUACAGAAAUCACCAACCAAUCCCGUCUGCAACACGUCAUCAAACAUUGACAAAGAUACCAUAAUAUAAGACAAGUCGACCCACAGCUGUACAUACUGUGACAUUGUGGACGAGUUGGUUUGUGUUACAGAGAUACAAGAAUGUCGAUCCAUCGAGAGAGGUCGAGUUCCAGGGCGUCCAGUCUUCCAGACGACAUGGCGAUUAUCAGUUUGCGCGCCAAGUCUAAACGCGUCAUUGUCAACGUUGGAGGCGUUAGACACGAGGUAAUGUGGCGUACGUUGAACCGUCUCCCGCGCUCCCGUCUUGGCAGGCUCCGUGAAUGUACCACCCACGAGACCAUCAUUGCCCUUUGCGAUGACUACAUUUUGGUUGAUAAUGAGUAUUUCUUCGACCGACACCCCGCUUCCUUCAACUCCAUCUUGAACUUCUACCGCACCGGUAAGUUACAUCUCAUCGAGGGAAUGUGCCCGAUGUCUUUCGCCAACGAUCUUCAGUAUUGGGGCAUCGAUGAGUUGUAUUUGGAGUCUUGUUGUCAGCAUAAGUACCACCAGAAGAAAGAGCAACUUCUUGAGGAGGAAAAGAGGAUAACUGAGAGUCUUAGGGAGAACAAUCAAGAGGUCUUCGGGACGGGAUGUUGGUCGAGUAGGAGGAAAAGGUUAUGGGAUCUUAUGGAGAAACCAAACUCUUCCAAGGCCGCACGGGUUGUGGCUGUGCUAUCAAUUCUCUUCAUUAUUCUUUCAACCAUCGCUCUAUCACUCAACACAAUGGACUUCUUCAAGCCUAUGGAUGAAAACCGGCGGGAAAUGGACAACCAAGACCUUGCUGACGUGGAGAGCGUUUGCAUAGCCUGGUUUACGCUGGAAUACUUACUACGUCUGAUCUCCGCCCCUAACAAGUGGAAGUUUUUCAAGGGCGCCCUCAACAUCAUAGAUCUAAUCGCCAUCUUACCGUAUUACAUAACCAUGUUUCUCGAGGAAUCACGCGAGAGUGUGAUGCAGUUCCAAAACGUUCGCCGAUUGGUCCAGAUAUUCCGGAUCAUGCGCAUUAUGCGGAUCCUGAAACUGGCGAGGCAUUCGACCGGAUUGCAGUCACUCGGUUACACCAUUCGUCGGAGUUACAAGGAACUCGGUUUACUUAUCCUCUUCCUUGCCAUCGGGAUAUUGCUCUUCUCAAGUUUGGCGUACUUCGUUGAGAAGGAUGUUACGAAGACUAAAUUCAAGAGUAUCCCCGAUUCGUUUUGGUGGGCUGCAAUCACCAUGACUACUGUUGGUUAUGGAGACAUUUACCCGACCACCCCAGCAGGGAAGGUUAUUGGUUCUAUAUGCUGUGUUUGUGGCGUCUUGUUCAUUGCCCUUCCCAUUCCAAUCAUUGUGAAUAACUUCUCCGAGUAUUAUCGCGAACAAGAGAGACAGGAUAAAAUCAUCAAGCACAGGGAGGCACUGGAUAAAGCUAAGCUCAAUGGCAGCUUGGUGAGUCUCAACAUUAGAGAUGCAUGUCUUGAUAUGAUGGACGUUAUUGUGGACACCACUAACGUGCUGAAAGGAUCGUUCAAGGGGAGUGUGCACUCACAGUCCAGCCCUCAUCGUAGCCUUGGUCAUGAUGAGACCUACAGUAAUGCCUCGUUGGAGCUGGGAGCAACGGGUGUUGACAGACAUCCAAGGCUACCUGAGGACUAUAAUAAGGACUCCCUUCCACUUAAUUAUAGGUGUAAUAUUGGGGAGCCAAGCACCCCUGUCUACCCUAGGGAUCGGACAUGUGGCUCUACUAUGUACACGGACCAUGCCAACAGGCAGAGUUCCAGCAGCUUGGCGUCGGAUGCCUUCCCAGAUCCAGGGCCGGUUGAGAGACCUAAAAUCUUCAGUGCAAUCGGUCGGAUGGGUCUGAUUGUUGGUCACUCUGGGGUUGGCACACACGGUCAGGAUUCGGACUCGACCCAGCAAUCGGGAAAACAUCAGCACAGAGACUGCGAUGAACAGUACGCGGACUCCCAGCCAAGUGGUGUUCAGUUUGGAACAAUGGACGAGACUAGGAGGGGUGGGAAGGUACCUGAAAAACGUCGGAGUAACACCGGCAAUUCUGAUCGUACAGAUCCGACGUGCUCCCCCGUAACCGUUGAGAUAUCUCAGCACGAUACCUUGAGCGGUGGGCAGCAACCUCAAUCACAUUGCAGACACGGGGCACCACAGUCUGAAACCCGGCCAAACGGUCAGGGUCGCGGACGUGGUACCUCACCCAACGACGCGGAAGAUACCAACGAAACCCAACCGUUACUCAGUUCCUAUCAUCAGGACAAUGAGGGCGCCCUCGGAGGAGACCGCGCUGAAAAAGAUCACCCACAAACUCCUGACGAUGACCAGGUGAUUGUGCAGAAAUUGGAUGAUGGUUUUACCACGACGUGGACUAAAGCCGGUGCUCAGAGUCCACAAAGAGAGGGAAUCCCUCCUGGCCACGGAGUAAGAGACAAACCUAUUAAACCAGUCCUUAAGAAUCCACUAAACUCAGGUGACGAAAGAGGGACGGAGCACGCCCCCCUCGGCCGCAAAUGGAGCUCGGGCGACAGUCAAACUUCACCGCGAAACACACCUAAGCGUGUAACAAUCGAGGAUGACACCCACAGCGUGUCAUCUACGGAUUCUGAUAUACGGGCUAACGACACUCCACAACCGAGACUUUCAAACAAAAAACCUGUUAGCAAGUGGAAGCCGCGGAAGUUCAAACAAAAACCAUCCAUUCUUACAGGUAUUGGUAAUUUAACGAGUGGGCUCAGAAUCGGUCUUGGCAAAUCAAACAAUCGUAAAGCCGCGUCGUCUGGGACUGAGAAACCGUACAGUCGGACCAGCGACAGUGGGACCUCAGAUAGCGGCACCACGCCGCCACCAAACUCUAAAUCUGCAAAGAGUAAGGGUAAAAGCAUGAAACUACGCCCUCUUGGGGUUAAAACUAAACCUCUUGAGGAGGAGACUACAAACCAAGCUGGACCAAUGAGAGAGGCUUACGAUAGUGACUCACUUCACCAAGACUCACCAUCGGUGCAGUUUAAACUACCAUGCUCGGUUGACUGUGAUGACGUCAUGCCAGCUUACAGCAGGCCAACCAAUCAAGAGAGUGAACACUUUAUCUUUCCUCCCUUGACCCAAUCACCCCCUAGUAAUGAGUUCGACACGCGCUCCCCACACCACAGGGCACCACCAUCCGACGCUGCCAAUCCGGUUGGGGACACCAGCUACGCUGGUCCAAACAAUUCCGGGGGGUGCUCCAACUCGACUUCCCCGAUCAUUGUUGGGAAUGGUGUUGAGCUUGUGGGUGAUAUAACGAGGCCACCCCCAAGUUACGAUGACGCUCUAAAUGAAAUCACCAUUAUAUCAGGUGGUCCCUCGAUACCCACGACACCGGCGCAAGCUCGUUAUCCAGUAACCAUGUAGAUCGUGUCACUCACUAUUAAAGAGGUGUUUUCCAUUCCAGGCGGGCAUUAUUACUACAAGCCAAUAAUCCAGUGAAAUACAAGUAUAAACCAAAACUCUACAUAACUUAUAAUCUUCAACAAUAUCUUAUUCAGUGACAAUAGACUAGCCAAGUUCAUUUCUAGAAAAGAAUUUUCACAAUUAUAUAUUAUUUAGUGCAAUAUGAUAUAUCUCUACACAUUCGGCAUUGAACAAAUUAAUUAUCUGUGCAAAGUAAGGUUUAACACUGCACGUUUAAAAAGAACAAUUUACAAUCAUCCCCAAAUAAAGAUUAUUCCAGCAAAUGCCUAUGAAUGAUAGUGAACAAACAAGUAGACUGCCCACCCCUUCGUCAACACAUUGAAAAUAAUGUGUAUUUCCUUAAAACCUGUUUCUAUGGCUGCUUUUCACCAAAUUUGAUCAUGUCUUUCUCAAUUCUUAAGAGUCGUACAAUGUGUACAAUAUAACUAUUUUAUAAUUAAGUGCGAAAUUGUUAUCUUUGAAAACUUUGUAUUGUUACUGGGUCAUUAAUGCCAAGUUGGACAUUAGAGCUUUAUCAUGAAGCAGCCGUCGUGUUGCCUACCACACAUAAAUGAAUGUAACCAAAACCGAGGACGGGGGGGGGGGGGCUCCCAAAGUUGAAGAGAAAUUGGAGUACAUGAUUGGUGCGAAAGGAAGGGGACACGACAAUAUUGAUAACAGGUAACUUAACCACUUAGUUAUAGACCUUUCUAUUGUUUAUAUACAAACCGCGCUGGUCAGCAUGAACAGCCGAAUGUUAGCAAAACAUUCAACCAUGUUAACAGACACUGUGACCAAAAGCAAUUGUUUGCAAACUUUCCACCUUUGCAAUGGCAAGGUGUAUAAAUAGCUCAUACAUCAUUAUCUAAUUCACUUCUUCUGUCUGUAAUAAGCUUUGAAAUAAAACAUUCAAUAUUAAUAUGUAAUCUCAGGUCCAUACUGAUUGUCUAUACUGAAUAAUUUAUAUCCAUAAUACUGAGUAAUUUUAUUACCUGUAAAAAUAAUGUAAAACAUGGAAAUCAUAUGAUAUAACAAAACGAUAUGUAUUUCCAUUUCCAUCUUUAGUGUGUCUACAUUUAAGAUUAAGCACGAAAUGCAUGAUUUUCUAAAGGAGUUAGUACCAAAGUCUGGUACCUGCACGUAUGAACUUUAGACUUCUAAAAUCGGUAAUGUUACAUUCCGCAUUAAGGAACCAAUGUAGCUUUAGAAUGAGACUGGUGAUCUCUUUGACUGGAUACAGAAUAACGCAAAUGGAUGGGGCACCAUUGAGCCAUAUUAUUGCUGCGCUCAAUCAAUGAGAACGCACACCCUGAAGGAGAGACCUUAUGAACGCUAGGUGGCAGCAGAUUAUAACCAUGCAUUUCUAUAGCUCUGCGCAUGGGCAGAUCUUACUUGUGCAGAAGUUUAGGCAAUCAAUGUUACAUAUUAUUACUAUACACGGGUGUUAUUAAUGAGAGACUUUUUAACGCUAGGUGGCAGCAUACUUACAGUGCUAACGUAGUUCUGAGCAUGCGCACAUUUUUUAGAACAAUAAUGCUGCCACCAUGUAAUCCUGAAAAAAGUCUCCCGUUGCAACUCACUUAAUUAACUAAAUGUCUGUAAGUGGUUUUAUGCUGUAUUGUUUUUAUAUUUGUUUGUAUUGUUUCCCGGCAUAAUGAAGAUCAAAACGCUAAAAGAACAAUGUUGCCAAAUUCGUUCCGCACCCCUGAUGAUGUGUAUUCACAACAAAUGCGUGUCAAAACAUACAAAUUACCCUAUACGCUUUCUUUCUCACAGUAAAAAAAAAAUCUCGAAGUCUCGAAGGCCCAUUAUAAUGUGAUUGCGGUCAAUCUGUCUAUUCAGGUCAUUGUUACAAAGUUGAUGAAUAUCGUUGGUUGCAAAGUUGAUAAUUCAGGUUCUUGUUUGGGGUACUGCUGUGCGUGCAGAGUUCCAAAUCUUAUCAUCUGAGAAUACCGCCAUAACCACCCGCUCCCGUUUAAUACUGAGCUGUGUUAGUGUAGUAGGGUGUUUGAAAGUUACUAAAGAUUGUAUUUUGGAUCAUGUGCUUGUGGGCCGGAAGGAGGCAAAGGGGGCGGGCUUCAUUAUACACCUGUUAGUCCCAAGGGGGAACUAGAGCAAGCAUUCCACUUUGAAUAGGGAACCAGCAUCCCUAGACCCACUGGUGGGAUUGAUAAGGAUGAUAUGACAAAGCUUCAUGCCCUAUAUGUAUAGCACGAUUUACCAGGGUGCAGGACAAAAUAGUAACCCGAAACACAUGAUGUGUGACGUAACUAUGACGUACAUGGUUAAAGGGGGUAUUUGAUGUUAUGAAUUAUCGGCUUACCAUUGUUUUACCGAGUACGCUUUCUAAUUAUUAUACAAACAUAUAUUUUUUUAUAAUUAACAUUUUUCUAUUUUAUUUAUCUCCGCAUACUGUGUAUGCAUAGUAGCAUGAUCAAACUAUACGACUCCUUCUGAGAUGUUAUACAACCGUGAAACACAUUUUCUUCAUUGAACCUUUAAGAUUUUGUUGAAUCACGGCACUGCACCUUAUCGUCAUUUCAUUCAUUGAUAAAAACUUGAGACAUAUCUUGACAUUGUAUUUGUUUUAAGAAUUCGCGUGCCACGGGCUCAAAAGAUACGCCAUCAUGUAAAUACCCCCAUCACACCGAACUGGUAUUCACUAUCACUCAACCCUCGCGAUCCCCUGCUCGCUCCCUCCCCGCCUCGCACAUUUGUCUUGCAGCGAGACUACAUUUUUCAGAACGUAGUGAGGACGAGUUGCAACCAACGUCUGGAACGGGUUUGUAUACAUCGAUAACCAAGAUAUAAAGUUCAGAGCAACUAUUCAGAUUAUAAAAGCCUCAAUAUGAGGGUUCAACCAUACACCCCCUUCCUUCAACCCCCCCCCCCCCGCCCAACCCACUUUGGUUCAACCAAAAGCAACCUUUUUAAGACUUGCCAACAAUGACGGAAGUCAGAGGGUACCAUUAUGUGAUAUAAACCAAUACAAGCAUAGGGAACCUUUAACGCAAUGUUCCAACUAUUUGACAUUGGGGGAUGCAACGGCUAUUAAGAGAAAAAUGCAUCCAGAAAAAGAAAACAAAUGCCAUAGAUUUCUUCUUUGUUUAUAUAAUCGUGCAUUAUCUACUUCAUAAAAAAAUACUUCAUUUUGGUGUAAAAUGUUUACAGAAUUAUGUGAAAUAAACCGAGAAUAAACCGAGGAGUUCCGGAAACAAAAAUA